AUGUUUCGCAGGAAUAACAAUUCCAUUGGAGGUAAAAAUAUCACGGGGUCUUCAACUGGUUCAGGUUCACGGGCUUUUGCCGACCAAGUGGCUCGACAGUAUGAAGUACCACGUGCUAUGACCAAGGAACGUGUCAAGGAACUCGCUACUAUCGGUGAACUUCGUGCGAAUCAACUCAUUCGUUGGGUAACGGAUGAUGACCAAGGCAUUGCUGGUUCAGUUGCUGCUAGUGCCAUUUUACGUCAACAAAAGGAAAACUUUACAGUCUACGAAAUGCACGACGAUCAGGACGACCUGUUGGUCAUGAAAGGUGUUGUCCGGUUACAAAACACUACGUGUGACGAAGUCUUGGCUUUACUCUCGGGUCGUACAGCCGUUGAGGUUGAUGCCUUCCUGCAGGAUCUACUCGGUGCACAAUAUGCAGCUGGACAAGCGCUGCACUAUACCGAGGUCAGCACGGACGCAGGCAAUGCGCCCGAACCGACGCCAGAACCCUUUACGCUGCGGACCCCACGUGGGUCCAAGCCUAAACAGUCAUCGCUUAUGGUGCAAUGGAUGGCACUGAAUGAUGUGCAUCCGCAGGCACCACUCCGGGAAUUCUUCUUUAUGCGCUUUAACCAGAGUUUUAGCAACGGGAACGGCGGGAACAAUUUGCUUGGAGGUGGUGCGUCGUAUGGCGUCUCGGUGCUAGAAUCACUUGAUUUACCGAGGUGUGGUCCUAUCUUUUCUCAAACCCACAUGCAGCGUCAGCCACUGCAUAAGUGCGGGUUUGUGGUCGAAGCGUCCGAGGAAAAAAACUCGACCAUUACGCGUGUGUCCUUCUUCAUUUCGGCACCAUAUCGUGCGCUUUCGCUGGAGCAGGACCGUGCGUGGUUGCUACGUCUUGCAGGAUGUGUGCGGCUAGUGCCCAGUGCGCUUGUGAACCGCCGCAUCCGUCGUAACCAGUUACGUGACCGUCGGAGCUGGCAUUUCCGGGACACUUGCUCUGUGUGUAGCGUUGAAUUCUCCAUGUUUACGCGCCGGGCUCACCACUGUCGCAUCUGUGGUGCUUCUGUGUGCUCCAAGUGUUCGGCUAUCCGGAAGGAUACGCAGCGCUCCAAGUUUUCAGGGAGUACACGUGUGUGUAUGGCGUGUUUGAACGGCGACCAGAAUGGACUGAAUGGAUCUUCUAGCACGUACGAGACUCGUAGCGAUGUCAGCCGGUCAAGUGAUAGUGACGGAGGGUCGUCAAGUCGUGACAGUGAUGGAGAGUGUUUCGGGUGCUUGGCACACGUUACACUAGAGGAGGCGUUGUCCGGUUGCACAAUUGAGCCGAUGCUUGCAGCAAACCUUCCUGGGAGUCCAAGUAGCACGUCCAGCAGCGGUUUCAGCCAAGGCGGUGAAGAUGAUGGUGACGUGUAUAUGAACUCGCCGUUUGACUACGAGUUGACGUUCACGAAGGGAAAUCCUUGGCCGGAUGCUCCUUUGACGCCAACGGAGAAAGAGCGCGUGAAGGUCAUUCAAAGACUGAACCUGUCCCAAGAUUUUGCAAAAACCGUUCUCCGUGACCUGUUGGACUUGGCGUGUACGACCGUCAACUGUCCGGUAGCAGCUCUUUCUGUUGUGACGAAAUCUACGAGUUUGUUCGUCACCACAAUUGGUCUUGUAGCUGACCAGGUGCCACGUGACAUUGGCGUCGAUGCCCACGCUCUUAUGUCCCACGAACCCCUAGUGAUUCUGGACUGCCGGAAGGACAUUCGGUUUGCAAAAAACCCGCUGGCGCUGUCAAUGCACGUGCAGUUCCUUUUGGGUAUCCCGAUCUUCUUGAAGGAUUCAGGUGUGGUCGUUGGUGCUAUUUGCAUUGCCGAUACGAAAGCUCGCAAGAAAGUCAAGGGCUCGGACUUGCGUGCACUGCAGCUCAUUGCAUCACGCAUUGUCGACAAGAUGGACGCACAAAACAACGAAGCGACCACGAAGAUCACGGAUGGUGUGAGGCUCUUGUAA